UCCCAAGGUCCCUUGCACUGGACACACACAGCCAGAGCUAGCUCUAAUAAUCCCUGUAGUAGACGCACAGCAGCUCGGGUAGGAAGCUAUGGCGACGAAAUCGGCGGUGAUCGCCACGGUGCUGGCCCUGAACCUGCUCUUCUUCACCUUGGCCGACGACUGCGGCUGCAAGCUGCCUAGCCCGCCGCCGCCGGCCGGGGGAGGAGGAGGAGGGGGCGGCGGCGGUGGAGGCAAGGGUGGAGGAGGAGGGACCGGUGGCUGCCCGAUCGACGCGCUAAAGCUGGGGGCGUGCGCGAACGUGCUGGGUGGGCUGAUCAACCUGCGGCCGGUGACGACGCCGAAGCAGACGUGCUGCUCGCUGCUCCAGGGGCUGGCGGACCUGGAUGCGGCCGUGUGCCUGUGCACGGCUCUCAAGGCCAACAUCCUGGGCAUCCACCUCAACGUGCCCGUCGACCUCAGCCUCCUCGUCAACUACUGCGGCAAGAACGUCCCCUCCGGCUUCCAGUGCCCCUAGAAGACCCCGGAAGAUCCAUCCACUGCAAAAUCUCCGGCAUGCAUAUAUGUCAUUGACUAGUGUACUACUCACGUAGCUAGUUGUAUACCUAUACUGCUUGCUUGAUAAAUCAAUCGAUGAUUUGCUAGUUUGUUUAAA